CCUGAUUCGCUGCCUAAACCGUCUUUUUCUGGUGGAUUGGAAGCUCGGGAGGCGAAUAUAAAGCCUAUCCAUUCGUUUUUCGCUAAUGAUAAACAAGGAGAAUAUGUAAUAGCGAAUGAAGAAUCGAGAGAAGGUAAAAGCAGAGCCAAGAACGCGAGACCAUCCAAUGGAGAUUCAAAAAGCAGAAAGAAACCACAAGGACAGAGAAGCUCUUCAGACAGGACAAAGAUCGAGAAACCGAGCUUUCCCAGCUCAUCCUCGAAGACAGAAGAAGUUAACGGAGACAGGGUGAAGGGAAAAGUGAAGGAAUUCAUUAAGGUUUUCAGCCAAGGAGCUUCAAUCGGAACAGAUGGCGAAUCGCUUGGACAGAGCUUUAGAUGGAGAGCUAAGGAAAACACUGCAGGGACUGAUCUCAACAAGACUAUCGAUGAACAACAGAAACCGAAUUCAGAUUCUACUGCCAUGGAUCAGCAUCCUCCUCAAGUGCGGGAGAAAAAGGAUUCAGACAUGGAGAACAUGGAGAGCGGGACUCACGGUGUUUCAGGGCAAGAACGGAGACAAGAACAAAGCACAGAGCAUAAUGUUCAUGAGGAUACGGACGAGCCGUUCGAUUUGAAUUUCCAGGUGAAGGAGAUAACACAAGAUGAAGACAAACCCGAGAAAUCCGGUGAUGAUGCUGACGAAAUCCAGAUCAUUGAUGCUAAAAUCAGAAAGUGGUCGCAAGGAAAAGACGGGAACAUACGUUCGCUCCUGUCGACAUUACAAUACAUUCUUUGGCCCGGGAGCGGAUGGAAGCCGGUGCCACUGAUGGAUAUGAUAGAGGCGAAUGCGGUUAGAAGAUCGUACCAGAGAGCGUUACUGAUUCUCCACCCGGACAAGCUGCAGCAAAAGGGAGCUUCCUCCGACCACAAGUACAUUGCAGAGAGUGUUUUCGAGUUAUUGCAGGAAGCGUGGGAUUUCUUCAACUCGGUCGGACCAAUUUGAGAGAAAAAAGGGUAUUUGCGGUUACAAAAGGACAGUAUAUAUACGAUUAAGUGUACAGAGAGAUAUAUUCCAAAGUUUGCAAAUUUUUAUUUCACAAAGAAGGAAAAAUUACUGCUGCAAGGAAGAAGAUGUCAACAAUUGUGUCGAAACCCUAUA